AUGCAUUUUUGGUUGAUUGCCUUGGGCACCUGCGUGGCCUUGAUAAUCAGCCUUUUGAAGCAUCACUUUAGUUAUUGGCAACGCAAAGGCAUUCAACAAAUGUCCCCCAAUCUGUUAUGGGGCAAUGUGCAGCAUUUGAAAAGUCUAAAUCAUCGUGAGUUUCUACAGGAUGUCUAUGACCAAUUCCAUGCACCAACCAAGGUGGUGGGGGCCUAUGUGUAUGGCAAACCGGUAGCUGUAAUACUUGACUUGGACAUGAUCAAAAGUGUACUGAUCAAGGAUUUCAAUAAAUUCACCAGUCGCAUGGCCUAUAGGAAUGACAAGGAUAUAUUGUCGCAGCAUCUGUUCAAUAUCGAGGGAACGCUAUGGAGACCUCUGCGCCAAAAAUUCUCGCCCACUUUUACCUCGGGAAAAAUGAAAUAUAUGUUUGCCACCAUCAAAGCGGUGGCCGAUGAAUUUGCCGAAACCUUUAGGCGACAGCUUGAAAUGACGAACUUGCUGGACAUCUGUGACCUCAAUAGCCGUUUCACCAUCGAUGUCAUAGGCUCCAGCAUUUUUGGCUUUGAGUGCAAUAGCCUGAACAAUCCCUCGGCAGAAUUUCGUCAAAUCACUCGAAUGAUAUUUGGCCGAAAGAAUUUCAACAUACGUUGGCAAUUGUUCAAGCACACCUAUGUGCGUUUUAUGAAAUUUUUGGGCCACAAAAGAUAUCCCCAAAUGGUGGAGGAUUUCUUUAGGCGAGUGGUGCGCGAGGGCAUUGUGGAGCGUGAAAAACACAACAUUGUGCGCAAUGAUUUUGUAAAUUUGGUAUUACAAUUGAGAAAAUCCGGGGAUAUGAACUUGAGUUUUGAUCAAAUUGCGGCGCAAUUUUUUGUAUUUUUUUCGGCGGGCUAUGAGACUUCGGCAACCACCAUGACUUGUGUGCUGUAUGAAUUGGCCAGGCAUAAAGAGAUACAAAACAAAUUGAGGCAAGAAAUACAAGAGAUCUUGGAAAAGCAUGAUAACAACUUGACCUAUGAAGCUGUUAUGGAGAUGAAAUUUCUGGAGGCAGUGAUAAAAGAAACCUUGCGUUUGUAUACCCCUGUACCCUUUCUGCAACGUGUGGCCACUGAGCAGGCCACCCUCGACAAUAUCACCUUUGAGAAAGGCACCGAAGUUUAUAUACCCAGUUGGGCUAUACACCAUGACCCAAAUAUCUACCACAAUCCUAAUGAGUUUUGCCCCGAACGUUUUACUGCUCUCCAUGAAGACCAAAGGCAUCCUCAGUCGUUUUUAGCAUUUGGAGAUGGUCCCAGAAAUUGCAUUGGUCUACGUUUUGGUAGCUUGCAAUCAAAAGUUGGCCUUAUUUCCCUAUUAUCGAAAUUUAAAUUCUCUCAUGUGCCCGAAACUUGCAAAGAGAUUGUAUUCUCAAAGCAUAGCAUAAUUUUGACAGUAUCAAAUGAGGUGAUGUUGAAGGUGGAAAAACUGUAG